AUGGUAUAUGAGCCACUGAAAUGGAUGGAGUAUGGAGAAUUGAAAGCCACAGAGGGUCAGACCGGAUCGAGCCCUACGGGCUGGGCUGCAUCCCUGAGGGUCAGCGCUACCGCAUGGCGAAGUGCAUAUGGCAGGAUUACGAUUAAGCGCACAUGGAGACUAGGAAGCGAGACUAUACAUGAUACUGCGAUAUACUUAGCUCUGCUUGGCAUUGUAGAACAUAUACCGAAUCAGAAGCACAACGGAGUGAGACAUGUGGAGGCCAUCGAUCCUGUCCACUCUGGAGGAGCGGAAUGGGGCGUUAUGGGGGCACUGGGGAUGAAGUCACUUCCAUGUUGCGUCCAGAGCGACUAUGCGUCAACUGCAGCCAUGAGUAUCAUAUCACAGUCCGAGAAAGAUGAUGCGUCCAAGUACAUGAUGCAUGCAUGGCAAGGCAGCAGCAGGUACAAUGCACUCCGUCCCGAGUCAUCAGCCACCCGUCGGAAACGAGCGAUUUGCCCCAACGGGAGGGAGGCGAAGAAGAAUUGA